GAUUGUGCAACCAACCUCUAUCCCUGCCCACUGAGGUAUGGCUGAAGCAAUGGGAAGCGGCGGAGAUAAGAUUCUCCGAGAAGCAGUUCGCCAAAAUCUUGAUAGGUGGCUCACAAAAUUAGAUUGUUCGGGAGAUGUCGAAAAAAGGUUGGCGUUCAAAAUGAAGUUCGUGGAGAAAUUGCGAGACUCUCCGGUGGCUAUUGAGACUGCACGAGCGAACGAACAACACUACGAAGUACCGACUGAUUUCUUUCGUACGGUACUUGGAAAAAGACUCAAAUAUAGUAGCUGCUACUGGCCAGAAAAUGUCACAACACUGGAGGAAGCGGAGGACUCUAUGCUUAAGCUGGUUUGUGAAAGAGCUAAGGUAGAAGAUGGGAACUCAAUUAUGGACUUGGGCUGUGGAUGGGGAAGCUUGGCUCUAUGGUUGUGUGAACAUUAUCCUAACUGUACAGUGACAACUGUAUCUAACUCCAAGACUCAGCGUGAGUGGAUUGAAUCUGAGGCUCAAAGGAAAGGUUUCAGUUCUAGAAUUAAUUGUAUCACAUCAGAUGCCAAUGUGUUCAACACUUCCUCAAGAUUUGACCAAAUCAUCUCCAUUGAAAUGUUUGAGCACAUGAAGAACUAUGAAGAGUUAAUGAGUCGAGUGGCCAGCUGGUUGAAGCCAGGAGGUUUGCUGUUCGUCCAGAUUUUAUGCCACCGCGAGUUCGCUUACAACUUUGACACCAAGAAGAAUUCAGACACGGAAUGGAUGGCACGGAAUUUUUUCAGUGGGGGCACAAUGCCCUCCUCUGACUUACUGUUGUACUUUCAGAAGGAUUUGGGUAUCAAGCAUCACUGGCAGAUCAAUGGAAAUCAUUACGCUCGCACUUUAGAAGCCUGGCUGGUCAAGAUGGAUAAACAACAAGCCACAGUGAGGGAGAUAUUCCGUACCACAUAUGGCGGCGAUCAAGUAGAUGAGCACGUUUUCAACUGGCGCAUGUUCUUCAUUUACUGCGCCGAGGUGUUUGCCUUUAGGGGUGGAAACGAGUGGAUUGUCUCACAUUACCUCUUUCAAAAGAACGUAGCUAGUAGUUUGUAGAAUUCAAGUGUAAGGACAGCGUGGUUUUGGGUGGGAGGUGGGUGAAGAAUGUCAUACACAUGUAUCAGUCACGUUUUAAAUGACAUUAGCUCUUUUAAAAUAACAAAGCUAGUAGUUUGUAGAAAUCAAGUGUAGGGACAGCACGGUUUUGAGUGGGAGGUGGGUGAAGAAUGUCAUGCAUAUGUAUCUGUCACGUCUUAAGUAACUGUACGGUAUUGACCACGCUUGUUCGGUUCAAAAAUUAUUUAUAAUUUGCCUAAAGGUUAACGCAAACAUGGAUUUCGUUUCAUUGCGGAAUAAAUGCACAUGGUCGUCUUA